CCCCACUGAUUUCGCGGCGUGCCCGUGAUAGCUCCCAUGGCUCUCACUGCGCUCUCUUCAAAGGCCGUCGCUUUCUCUUUCUCUCUCUCUCUCUGUGUAAAUUCAUGGGAAAUAUUGUAAAUGGGGGUAUAUUUUUUUAAUGAUUGAACACUGUAUAAAUAGUUUGAACAGCAAGCAAUUCAAAUCCUCUGCCUAUUUGCUGUUAAAUAUCGUCUGCUUUUUUUUAUCGAGCAACAACAAUCAGUUUCUCCUCUGUAUCGUUAUGGAGGACUAGCCCCUGGCCCUGCAACCCUGCUCGGAUCCGUCUCCAUUCUUUCCCAUAAGGUGUUAAAUUGUUCAGGAAGAAUUGUGGUAAGAAAAUAUGGCGUUAGGGAAAUAUUCUAGAGUAGACAACAGGAGAUCCUCAUCAUCUUACUGCUCGACUGUGUCAAUUGUUGUUUUUGUGGCACUUUGCUUGGUUGGGGUUUGGAUGAUGACAUCAUCAUCCGUGGUACCUGUUCAAAACGUGGAUGUGCCUCAAGAGAAUAAGAAUGAGGCGAAGGAGCAAGUGAGCGAGAGCAAUGGUGGAGUUACUCGGCAGUUUGAGGAUAAUUCGGGUGAUUUGCCAGAGGAUGUAACCAAAGGAGACACUAAUUUAAAUUCUGAGAGCCACUCUAAAUCAGAAGGAAACCAAGAUGAGAAAUCUGAUGAGAAGCCUGUGGAAAAUCCUGAAGAGAAGCCUGAGGAAAAUCCUGAAGAGAAGCCGGAGGACAAGCCUGAGGAAAAUCCUGAAGAGAGUCUGGAGGAAAAGCCUGAAGAGAGGUUGGACGAAAACUCUGAAGAGAAACUGAAGGAAAAGCCUGAUGAAGGACCCAAUUCAGAUGGCGGGGAGGCAAAAACAGAUGGGGGUGAGAAUGGUUCUGGGGGACAAGGUGGUUCUGAAGAGAGUUCUGCUGAGAAAAAAUCAGAGAACCCGGAGGAAACAAAGGAUGGAGAAAAGGCAGUUGGUCAGAUAGAUGAGAAGGUGGAUCAAAAUGGGAAGAAGGAAACAGAUGAAAACUCUGGUGAGAAGAAGGAAAAUGGCCAGGCCCAAAACCAGAGUUUAAAUAAUAUAUUUCCUUCUGGUGCUCAGUCAGAGCUCCUGAAUGAAACUACCACUCAAAGUGGGGCUUGGUCAACUCAAUUGACAGAGUCAAAGAAUGAGAAGGACAUUCAAAAAUUGUCUACGCAACAGACUGGUUAUAGUUGGAAACUUUGCAAUGUCACUGCUGGGCCGGAUUACAUCCCAUGCCUUGACAAUUGGGAAGCAAUAAAAAAUCUUAGAAGUACUAAGCAUUAUGAACAUCGAGAGAGGCAGUGUCCUGAAAAAGCCCCCACAUGCCUUGUUGCUCUUCCUGAAGGAUAUAGACGCCCAAUUGAGUGGCCUACAAGCAGGGAAAAGAUCUGGUACUAUAAUGUUCCUCACACCAAACUUGCGCAAAUAAAGGGGCAUCAGAAUUGGGUGAAAGUCUCUGGUGAAUAUCUUACGUUUCCUGGUGGUGGAACCCAAUUUAAGCAUGGUGCUCUUCAUUACAUUGACUUCAUACAGGACUCUGUGCCUGAUGUUGCCUGGGGGAAACGCUCCCGUGUGAUAUUGGAUGUUGGAUGUGGAGUUGCUAGCUUUGGAGGCUAUCUCUUUGAUAGAGAUGUACUCACUAUGUCAUUUGCUCCAAAAGAUGAACAUGAAGCCCAAGUGCAAUUUGCACUUGAAAGGGGAAUUCCUGCUAUAUCUGCUGUGAUGGGCACAAAGAGACUUCCAUUUCCCAGCCGUGUUUUUGAUAUUGUCCAUUGUGCACGAUGUAGAGUUCCAUGGCACAUAGAAGGUGGUAAACUUCUUUUGGAGCUGAAUCGUGUGUUGCGUCCUGGUGGUUUCUUUGUCUGGUCUGCUACUCCAAUUUAUCGGAAGACUUCUGAAGAUGUUGAAAUAUGGAGUGCGAUGAAGGAUCUAACAAAAGCAAUGUGCUGGGAACUAGUUUCAAUCAACAAGGAUACUGUAAAUGAAGUAGGUGCAGCUACAUUUAAGAAGCCUAUUUCUAAUGAGUGCUAUGAGAAAAGAUCACAAAGUGAGCCUCCUAUCUGCCCAGAGUCUGAUGAUCCAAAUGCAGCCUGGAAUGUGCCGUUGCAAGCAUGCAUGCACAAAGUACCUGUAGACACAUCUGAGCGUGGGUCUCAAUGGCCAGAGCAAUGGCCAGCUAGGUUGGAAAAACCACCGUACUGGUUAUUGAGCUCCCAGGUCGGAGUUUAUGGUAAAGCCGCUCCUGAUGAUUUCACUGCAGACUAUGAGCAUUGGAAACGAGUGGUGACCAAGUCAUAUCUUAAUGGGAUGGGAGUUAACUGGUCAAAUGUGAGGAAUGCCAUGGACAUGAGAUCUGUGUAUGGAGGAUUUGCUGCAGCCUUGAAAGAUUUGAAGAUUUGGGUCAUGAAUGUGGUCGCCAUAGACUCCCCAGAUACACUACCCAUAAUUUAUGAACGAGGUCUAUUUGGAAUAUAUCAUGACUGGUGCGAAUCCUUCAGCACGUAUCCUAGAUCCUAUGAUCUUCUCCAUGCAGACCAUCUGUUCUCCAAGGUUAAAAAGAGGUGCAAUUUAGCUGGUGUAGUUGUGGAGGUUGAUCGGAUCCUCAGGCCAGAGGGGAAGCUUAUUGUCCGUGACAAUGUUGAGACCAUUAAUGAGCUGGAGAAUAUGCUGAAGUCAAUGCAGUGGGAGGUCCACUUAACCUACUCCAGGGACAACGAGGGAUUGUUGUCUGUCCAGAAGGCCAUGUGGCGACCUAACGAAUCGGAGACACUCCAGUAUGCAAUUGCUUAAGCAUGAUCCAAUCACUUCCUGAAUCGUGAUUGAUCUUGAGACAGUAGCCCCGAUGAGAUUCAAUAUUCUUUUUGUUCUGCUUGCUAAUUGAUAUUCAUUGUAAUUUGUAACUGUACUUGUACCUUAGCCAGUGUAUCAUGUUAGAUAGGUCUCUCAGUCUGUUAUUUUUCAUCAUUUGUUUCCUUGGUUUGAUCUCUAUAUAUAGUGAGAGGUUGCUGUCGGGAUUUCCACUCAUGUAAUAUCAUAUUACCAUACUAGUUAUUGAUGGAGAAAUGAACAUUCUUGCAA